AAGGGCAAACAAAUGAGAUUUUGGGCUUAAGGCCCAAACCCUUGAACGCAUUCAUUUUAGGUUCAAAUUAGAAAGCUGUAACUAUCUAUUUGUCGUUUCGGUCAAAAUCGACACAUUAUUUCUCUCCCUCUUGCUGGACGUGAGGUUAUACUUGAGCUAUUUUGCUUGAGAUGGAUUUGGCUUCUCGUUACAAGGGUGUGGUUGGGCUCGUUUUUGGCAAUGAGAGUUCUGCUUCUAGUGAAGACAGCUAUGCUGAGCGGCUGCUGGACCGAAUAAGCAAUGGAGUCCUUGCAGAGGACAGGAGGACUGCCAUGGCCGAGCUUCAGUCUAUUGUUGCAGAAAGUCAUGCUGCCCAGAUGGCAUUUGGGGCAAUGGGAUUUCCUAUACUUAUGGGUGUCUUAAAGGAGGAAAAAGACGACGUUGAAAUGAUUAGAGGUGCCUUAGAAACUCUGGUUAGUGCCUUGACACCUAUAGAUCAUGCAAAAGGGCCAAAGAAUGAGGUCCAGCCAGCUUUAAUGAAUACUGAUUUGCUUUCCCGAGAGGCAGAAAAUAUUUCCCUUCUUCUAGGGUUGUUGUCAGAAGAGGACUUCUAUGUACGAUAUUAUACGCUUCAAAUUUUGACUGCCCUCCUCACAAACUCUCCAAAUAGGUUGCAGGAAGCCAUUCUGACCAUUCCUCGUGGUAUAACUCGACUCAUGGAUAUGCUUAUGGAUCGAGAGGUUAUACGAAAUGAAGCCUUAUUGCUUCUUACUUAUCUAACUAGAGAAGCUGAGGAGAUUCAAAAAAUAGUGGUCUUUGAAGGUGCAUUUGAGAAAAUUUUUAGCAUUAUUAGAGAGGAAGGAGGUUCAGAAGGUGGUGUUGUGGUGCAGGACUGUCUUCAAUUAUUGAACAAUCUUCUGCGUAACAAUGCAUCUAAUCAGAUACUACUAAGGGAGACGAUGGGUUUUGAUGCCUUGAUUUCAAUUCUGAAGCUACGAGGGAGUGCUUACAGUUUUACUCAACAGAAGACAAUUAAUGUACUCAGUGCAUUAGAAACCAUCAAUUUGUUAAUUUUAGGAGGUUCAGAGGCUGAGCAUGGAAAAGAUGCAAACAAGCGGACUAAUCAAACAGUGUUAGUUCAGAAAAAGAUGUUGGAUUAUCUUCUGAUGUUGGGUGUUGAAAGCCAAUGGGCUCCUGUUGCUGUACGUUGCGGAGCGUUGCGGUGUAUUGGGGAUUUGAUUGCCGGGCAUCCCAAGAAUCGUGAUGCUCUAGCAACCAAAUUUCUUGGUGAGGAGCCUCAAGUAGAACCUGCUUUGAAUUCUAUUCUUCGAAUCAUUUUGCAUACAUCCAGUAUCCAGGAGUUCACGGCAGCUGACAAUGUUUUCAAGAUUUUUUGUGAGAGGAAUUCUGAUGGUCAAACAAUGUUAGCGUCCACAUUAAUUCCUCAACCGCAUUCCAUGACUCAUGCUCCUGUUGAAGGGGAUGUGAAUAUGUCCUUUGGCAGCAUGCUGUUACAUGGUCUGACAUUGGGUGAAAGUGAUGGAGAUCUUGAGACCUGUUGCAGAGCUGCUAGUGUGCUGUCUCAUAUACUCAAGGACAAUAUGCAGUGCAAGGAAAGGGUCCUACGAAUUGAACUCGAGUCACCAACACCAUCCUUAGGAGUCCCAGAGCUGCUAAUGCACCGCAUGGUGAAAUACUUAGCUCUUGCCUCCAGCAUGAAAAACAAAGAUGGGAAGUCAAAUACAAAAAGAAAUUUGUUUGUUCAACCAAUUAUUUUGAAAUUGAUGGUCACUUGGCUGGCUGAAUGCCCCAGUGCAGUUCAAUGCUUCCUAGAUUCACGUCCCCACUUAACAUAUCUGCUUGAGUUGGUUUCAAAUCCAUCUGCAACUGUAUGUAUAAGGGGGUUGGCAGCAGUUCUCUUGGGAGAGUGUGUUAUUUACAAUAAGUCCAGUGAAAGUGGAAAGGAUGCUUUUGCAGUCGUUGAUGCCAUAAGUCAGAAAGUUGGGCUCACAUCUUUCUUUCUUAAGUUUGAUGAAAUGAUGAAGAGCUUCCUUUUCUCCUCUGUGAAGCCAGCAGAACCUCAUAAACCAUUGACAAGAUCUGCUGCUGCUAGCAUGACGGAGAUUGAAGAUGUUGAUGAGCAAGAUCCCUCUGAUCAGAAGAAUGAGGAUCAUCCUAUUCUCUCUUCAACUUUUGAUAACUAUUUUGUCAAUUUUGUCAAGCAGUUGGAGACAGAUAUCAGAGAAACUAUUGUAGAUGUCUACAGUCGUCCAAAAAGCGAAGUUGCAGUUGUGCCUGCCGAGUUGGAGCAGAAGAAUGGAGAAAGUGACAAAGACUAUAUCAUGCGCCUGAAGUUAUUUGUGGAGAAGCAGUGCUCUGAGAUACAGAAUCUUCUUGGUCGAAAUGCAACUCUGGCCGAGGACCUGGCUAAGAUAGGUGGAAGUGCCUCUUCCCAAUCUGAUCAAAGGGCAAGCGGGGGCUUGGAAAGAGUCCAGGCAGAGACACUCCGGAGAGAUCUUCAGGAAGCUAACCAAAGGAUAGAGAUGCUCAAGGCAGAGAAGUCCAAAAUUGAAACGGAGGCAUCUACGUACCAGAAUUUAGCAGGGAAGAUGGAAUCUGAUCUGAAGAGCUUGUCUGAUGCGUACAAUAGCCUUGAAGAAGCCAACUUCCAUCUAGAAAAGGAGGUUAAAGCUUUGAAGAAUGGUGGAAGCUCAGCUGUUCCAGAUAUCAAGGCAGUAAAGGCAGAAGCAAGGGAAGAAGCCCAGAAAGAAAGUGAAGCAGAAUUGAAUGACUUGCUAGUAUGCCUAGGGCAAGAACAGAGUAAGGUGGAAAAGCUGAGUGCAAAGUUGUUGGAGCUAGGGGAGGAUGUGGAUGCACUGCUCGAAGGUAUUGGAGAUGAGUCGGGGCUGCCUGAUGAUAUUGAAGAGGAAGAGGAGGAAGACUGAUGGUACCUUGUCGUAAUGUUUAAAAUCUUUGCAUUUUCUUCUUAUGUGGACUCCUGCUUUGUACAUUUUGUGGGUGAAUUGUAUAGGUCACUGUUAUACUUGGAUUGGCGAAUCAAAACGGAGCUUAUGCAAUUGGAUUUAAAUAUUUGUUUCA